AGCGGUCAGCACAGAAGCAUCCGAAAACUGGGUUUCUUCCCAAAGAAGAAAAGAAAAAGAACCACAGAACCAAAACAGGGGACGAUCAAUGAUCGCUGUCCGAUUGGCUUCCUUUCCCUCUCUCCAAGCCCAUCAGCACUCCUCGGUGGAGUGCAUAAUCUUUCCGUUUACUUUGUGAAGACAGAUUUUGCUCCAUUAUGGAUCUUAAUGAUCUUAACAAGGUUUGGGAAAUCAAGCCUCUGAAGAAGAUUGGAGAAGAAGAUGCUAGAAAGGUUCUUGAGAAAGUUGCAAAACAAGUUCAGCCAAUAAUGCGAAAACGUAAAUGGAAAGUGGAGAUUCUUUCUGAAUUUUGUCCUCCCAAUCCAUCUCUUCUGGGACUGAACAUAGGUGGAGGAGCAGAGAUUAAGCUCCGGCUAAGAAGACCAAACAACGAGUGGGAUUUCUUCCCUUAUGAGCAGAUUCUUGAUACAAUGCUGCAUGAGCUCUGUCACAUUGAAUAUGGUCCACAUAAUACUGACUUCUACAAUCUUUUGGACGAAAUCAGAAAGGAGUGUGAGGAGCUGAUGGCUAAAGGAAUUACAGGAACUGGUCAAGGUUUUGAUCUUCCAGGGAGACGUUUAGGUGGGUUCUCCCGACAGCCUCCACCAUCAUCAUUACGCCAAACUGCUCUAGCUGCUGCAGAAAACAGAGCAAGACGUGGAGCUCUACUACCAUCAGGGCCUAGGCGUAUAGGGGGUGAUAGUGAUAUUAGGAAUGCUCUUAGCCCCAUACAAGCUGCUGCGAUGGCAGCAGAAAGGAGAUUGCGCGAUGAACUAUGGUGUGGAUCCAAAUCUGCAGAGGGACAGGAGGGUUUCCAAGGACGAGUUGGACCUUCCUUGGAACUUCCUGAGAAGUCAAAAGCAUCCACAUCAUUUGCUGGCAUCUCUGCAACAACUUCACGUGUCAAUUCCACUUCCUCUCUGGAAGCAGCGGAUGAUGAAGUGAAGUGGCAGUGUAAUACUUGCACUUUAUUAAAUCAGCCUCUUGCAUUAUCAUGCGAAGCUUGUGGAUCCCGAAAACACAUCGAGGUUACAACGUCGAAUGUUUGGUCAUGUAAAUUUUGUACACUUGAUAACAGUGUUAAGCAAGAUAGAUGCCUAGCUUGUGGAGAGUGGAGAUAUUCAUAUGGUCCACCUGCCUCUAGCUGCGGACCUUAUGUUGGCACCUGAGAAAGAGAAGUCACUUCUCUGCGAUGCAAUCAGUGCCAGGUUGUGAAGAAGACUCUGCAACUUGGUACUGCAACUGCUCUGUAUGAUUUUAGCAAAAAAAAACCUGCUCUGUAUGAUUAUAACAGUGGCUUGUAAUUACAUGAAACUUAUGAUCCUUGCUUAUUGGUUGCUGCUUUUGGUUGUUCUCAUAACGUGCUCGACAGAUUCCUAAAGAUAGAUUGUGACCCGGGCAAAUUUUUGCAGUGUAAUCACUGCUAUGUCUCA